UCUCUCUCUCUCUCUCUCUCUCUCUUUCUGUCUGUCUUUCUUUCUAUCUCUCAGUCAGUAAUAAUGGAGCCAAGCAGUCCGAAGAAGAUCCAGUUUGCUGUACCUCCGCUGCAGGGACAGCUGGACCCACAGGCUGCCGAACAUAUCCGCCGCAGAAGACCAACUCCUGCUACUCUGCAGAUCUACAGACAACCUGGCACAGAUGUUGGAGACCAACAGAACGCCAGCGGAGAGUCACAGGCUUCAGAUGGCGCUCAGAGGAAGCAGAGCACCUACGCCCCGCCCACCAUGAAAGGUAAGCUGAAAAGUCCUGUACCCGAGGAAGAGGAGGAGGAAACUGACCCUCAGGACGGCUGAUCCAGGAGAGGAUUCUAAGCACAGAAGCAGCGGGCAAUUCAUCUUACAUAUUCUGGAGAAAGCAACAGACUCUGGCGUCCAUUUUAAGCGUAGCACCUAUGACGAGAUAUUGAUCAGUGGGAGAGUUGACCGGCAGUUCAUUGAGAGAGCACCUAAGGUUUAAUUGGAGUAGGUAAAGAAACAUAUCAAACCAGCGAGCACAGCUUCACUCUUAAUGAACUGGUCUGGAAACAGCCUGGCUGUGAGAGCUGACUCACCUAAACAUGACUCCACACAAACUUAUCACACUCACCAGUUAAAGCUUAAUUUGCCCUGUUUUACUUCAUAAAUAAAUUAAAAGUAUGAUUUUUUUUUUCC